CAAUCAUUGGGUUGCGGUGGCUUGGUGCUGCAGGACCCGGUCGAAGGUUCAAGACUUGUUGACUAUCAAAUAUCUCCACACAAAAAAAAAAAGAAAAAGAAAACAUUUCUUCUUGAGCACGGUCCUCUCUCUCUCUCUCUAUACAUACACAACAGAAAUGCUCACGAUCGCUCGUGCUUGUUGCUCGCGAGCUCGAUUCAGCGGAUACCCUCCUGCGAGGUCCCAUAUUUCUCGCUAAGGUUUCUAACGGGUAGAGACUUGGUACCUCUGUGUCAGACACCAGGCUGAGUUGAGGUGGUGAGCUUCUGGAAGAUUUUGAGACAGUGAUGACCAUGGAGUCCAACUUCACUGGAUUUACUUAUGCUGCGGAUGAUGUUGAGACCAAUUACCCCACUUACCUAGCCAAUUCAGAUCAUUCCCCGAAUCUCUCGGAUGGAUUCAACGUAAAUGAACUUUACGUUGAUUUCAACUCCGCAGAAAUUACCUCUCUCCUUCGCCAAACGGAACCGGCUUAUCUUGACCCAUCUGUUGCAGUUAACCUUGAUGGAGACCUUGAUUUUCCGUCCACAGAUGUGAGUUCCAAGGAUGGCUCGCUGCACCAUUCUACCAUCUCCGACGAAAGCCCAAAUCAAGGGGGGGAACCUUUCUCCCCCUCUGAUUACAGCAACUCGCCCGAUCCUGUUCUCCGGUACAUACAUCAGAUGCUCAUGGAGGAGAAUGUGGAGGAGCAACCCUGGAUAAUUUCCGAUGAUUUGGCUCUACAAGAUACAGAGAAAUCCUUGUAUGACGUGCUCGGUGAGAAGUACACUUUUUCUCCUGAACAGGCUGGACAAUUCGACAUCAAUCAGUUCAUUGACAGCCCAAGCCGCAACUCUCACGGAAAUAGCAGCAAUCAAGGUGGUGAUGGCACUACCGACACCAGAACCAACCGUAGCCAGUCCUCUGGUCCUAAUUCACCAGAUAAUCCUGAAGGAAAAGACCACAGUUCCCUUCAUGGCCCAAAUCCUGGUGAUGGGGUUUUGCCGUUGAAUAUGAAUACCAAUUCCCAGCUGUAUACCAAUCCAAUGAACAGCUUGCCGCAUCAAGAUGAGUUCGGUGAUUCCUUUCCAAAUGAUCUCCUGGUUAGCAAUACGUUCAGCAACAGUGAUUCUAUCCGGCAGUUUAAUAAAGGUUUGGAGGAGGCCAGGAAAUUCCUUCCCAGUAGCUUCCAAUUGACGAUCAAUCAGGAGGAUUAUAAGUUGGCUCCAAAUGCCAGAGAUCCUGAAGAGAAUGGCACUGAUGAUGAGAAGAGUUUGAAGAGUCGCUCAGAGAGUGGGCCAAAGGGGAGAAAGAAUCAUGAGAGAGAUGAUGAGAGUUUUGAGGAAGGGCGAGCCAACAAGCAAUCGGCAUCAUAUACGGAAGACUGUGAGCUUUCAGAAAUGCUUGAUAAGGUGUUGCUCGGCUGCAGUUAUCAAAUGGCGGGGUGCACACCCAAGAACAUGAGCCAAUCCAAGGGCCCACCUGAUCCAAAUGGUAGCAGGGGUCGCCGUAAGAAGAAGGGAAAUAAGAGCACAGCAGACUUAAGGAGUCUUCUGAUUCUCUGUGCACAAGCUGUCUCCACUAAUGACUUCAGGACCGCUUAUGAACUGCUAAAGCAAAUUAGACAAGAUUCUUCUGCCUCUGGUGAUGGCUCUCAAAGAUUGGCGCAUUACUUUGCCAAUGGGCUGGAAGCACGCCUUGCAGGCAGUGCCGGUGAUAGGCAAACCUUUUUCUAUUCUGCCGAAAUGCAGAAGAGGACAGUGGCUGAUAAGUUGAAGGCGUACCAACUUCAUCUUACGGCUUGUCCAUUUAAGAAAUUCCCCAUCCUCUUCGCAAACUUCAGGCUUAAAAAGGUCGCAGCUACAGCAAAGGUGCUUCAUAUUAUAGACUUUGGAAUCGGUUUUGGUUUUCAAUGGCCAAUCCUUAUCCAGGAGCUCUCAAAGAGAGAUGGUGGACCUCCUGAGCUGCGAAUAACUGGAAUUGAGAUUCCACAAUCUGGAUUUCGUCCUGCCGAGAGAAUCGAGGACACAGGUCGUCGUCUGGCUAAGUAUUGCGAGCGCUUUAAGGUUCCCUUCGAAUUCCAUGCGGUACCAUCAAGGAACUGGGAACGUAUCAGAGUUGAGGAUCUUAAGAUCCGAAGUGGCGAGAUGGUUGCGGUGAAUUGUCUCGCUCGAUUUAAGAAUCUUUAUGAUGAGACGGUCGAGGUGGAUUGUCCACGAGAUGCUGUCUUAAGGCUAAUCAGGAGUAUAAAACCGGAUGUCUUUGUUCAUUGCAUAAGUAACGGAUCCUACAACGCGCCCUUUUUCUUGACUAGAUUCCGUGAGGCUCUUUUUCAUCUGUCUGCAAUGUAUGAUAUGUUUGAUGCUACCAUAGCCAGUGAGAAUGACCAGAGGUUGGUUUUGGAGAGAGAGUUCUAUGGACGGGAAAUUAUGAACGUCGUGGCAUGUGAAGGCUUAGAGAGGGUUGAGAGGCCUGAGACAUAUAAGCAGUGGCAAGUUCGCCUUGCUAGGGCUGGUUUCACACAGCUUCCUCUGGAUCAGGAGCUCAUGGAGAUGGGUAGAACUAAGUUGAGCACAUACUACCACAAGGAUUUCGUGCUUGCUGAAGAAAGCAACUGGAUGCUGCUUGGUUGGAGGGGCCGGAUAAUUUCUGCUUGCACUUGUUGGGUGCCCAUAUAGAUUUCUCCCAAAUCAUGUUUUCUAACAUGACAACUGGCAAUUAGUGAGAUUCUUGCUGAACUACCAGGCCAGGGGCACAUGUGAGAGAGGGGCUGAGAUCACUUGAAGGAGCAAACACACUAACGUGAAAUGUGUAGAGGGUUGAUUAUGAUGGCUGCAACAAAAGACGAAUAUCACAGAAGAUGAAUCUUAAGCAAUUUCUAUUUUGGGUGGAACUAUGAAAGGUAAAACUGUGUUAUUAGAAGGAUCUCAAUCGAGGGAUUGGGAGCAUUUGUGCGAGACUUUAUUACUGGUAGUAGUGGUCAAAAGGGUUUGGUUAUCUAUGUAGUGCAGUGCCAACUUUUUAAGUUUCUCUUGUUUGUAGAAGUUUGUAAGAUUUGGGCAGGAUGAGUGACUUGUAUCUGCUGUUCCAUUACAAUAUCUGGGAUUUGCUUAUGAUUUCAGUGGAAGAAUUAUGAUGGCAAUAACAUCGCCAGAUAUGUGGAAUUAGACUCUUAGCCUUACCAUUGGAUGGGAUUGAUAUUAAUUGACACAUUACUGUUUUCGCUAGUUUUAUUUUUCUACAA